GAGUCUGUUUCAAGUGUGUUCUCAGCGUUUUGUGAGAUUGUUGAACGUUCUGGUAAACUUCAACGCAACGAGAUGGGACAAAAAGUAUCUAAACUAAAAAAGGCGCGACGAAAUGUUGCUGAUGCUGCGAGGAAUGAAUACUGGGGGAAGGUUCGAGUAAUAGUGGUUGAAGAAGGAGGGAACGUGAAUGAUGUGGAUGGAAGUUUGAGAAGAACAGCUCUACACUAUGCUGCCGAGUAUGGAAAUUCAGAUAUUUGUUUGUUCUUGCUGUCACGAGGCGCGAACGUCAGUCAGACAGACGAGAAUGGAGAUACGCCGCUUCAUGUGGCUGCUUAUUAUCAUGAUGUCGAUAUCUGUCAACUGUUAGUUGAUCACAAAGCCAAUGUUGCUUCUGUCAACAAGAUAGGUCAAACUCCUCUUCACAUGCAUCUGAGAGCUGACUCUCCCGCUGUGUAUCGUCCACUGAUAACAAAUGAGAGUGUGAAUGUAGCAGAUCGUCAUGGUAACCACGCUUUACACAUAGCAGUUAGAAAUGGUGACAUUCAGACUGUCCAGCUGUUAGUGGAUUGUGGAGCAGAUGUAAAUGUAUUGAAUGAAGAUGGACAAACACCACUACAUACAGCAGCUGGGGGACAGGAAGACUGUCCUGAAUUGUGUUCUAUUUUACUAAAACAUGAUGCCAAGAUUGAUGUAGUGGAUAAAUAUGGAAACCAACCACUACACUUGGCAUGUAAACAAGGUCAUACAAGUACAAGUCCUUUGUUGCUCUCUAGUGGAGCAGAUGUAAAUACAUUGAAUGAAGAUGGACAAACACCACUACAUACAGCAGCUGGUGGAUGGGAAGACUGUCCUGAAUUGUGUUCUAUUUUACUAAAACAUGAUGCCAAGAUUGAUGUAGUGGAUAAAGAUGGAAACCAACCACUACACUUGGCAUGUAAACAAGGUCAUACAAGUACAAGUCCUUUGUUGCUCUCUAGUGGAGCAGAUGAAUUUUGUUCUAUUUUACUAAAACAUGAUGCCAAGAUUGAUGUAGUGGAUAAAGAUGGAAACCAACCACUACAUUUGGCAUGUAAAGAAGGUCAUGCUGCAACUGGAAAUUUAUUGUUAUCUCAUGGGGCUGAUGUAACUGCUCUAAACAAGCAACAGAAAAGGCCUGUACAUUUGGCUCCUAAUUAUGCUUUACACAUAGUAGCUAGAAAUGGUGACAUUCAGACUGUCCGGUUGUUGGUGGAUUGUGGAGCAGAUGUAAAUGUAUUGAAUGAAGAUGGACAAACACCACUACAUACAGCAGCUGGUGGAGAGACAGACUGUCCUGAAUUGUGUUCUAUUUUACUAAAACAUAAUGCCAAGAUUGAUGUAGUGGAUAAAGAUGGAAACCAACCACUACACUUGGCAUGUAAACAAGGUCAUACAAGUACAAGUCAUUUGUUGCUCUCUAGUGGAGCAGAUGUAAAUGUAUUGAAUGAAGAUGGACAAACACCACUACAUACAACAGCUGGUGGAGAGACAGACUGUCCUGAAUUGUGUUCUAUUUUACUAAAACAUGAUGCCAAGAUUGAUGUAGUGGAUAAAGAUGGAAACCAACCACUACACUUGGCAUGUAAACGAAGGAAUGCUGCAACUGGAAAUUUAUUGUUAUCCCAUGGGGCUGAUGUAACUGCUCUAAACAAGCAACAAAAAUGUCCUUUACAUUUGGCAAAUGAAUCAACAUUAAACUCUUCUCGUGUACAGGAUGGUGAUCAUGCUUUACACAUAGCAGCUAGAAAAGGUGACAUUCAGAAUGUCCAGCUGUUAGUGGAUUGUGGAGCAGAUGUAAAUGUAUUGAAUGAAGAUGGACAAACACCACUACAUACAGCAGCUGGUGGACGGAUUGACCGUCCUGAAUUGUGUUCUAUUUUACUAAAACAUAAAGCCAAGAUUGAUGUAGUGGAUAAAGAUGGAAACCAACCACUACUCUUGGCAUGUAAACGAGGUCAUAGAAAAACAAGUGAUCUCUUGCUAUCUAAUGGAGCAAAAGUAAAUACAUUAAAUAACGAUGGACAAACACCACUACAUACAGCAGCUGAUGGAAGGAAAGACUGUCCUGAAUUGUGUUCUAUUUUACUAAAACAUGAUGCCAAGAUUGAUGUAGUGGAUAAAGAUGGAAACCAACCACUACACUUGGCAUGUAAACGAAGGAAUGCUGCAACUGGAAAUUUAUUGUUAUCCCAUGGGGCUGAUGUAACUGCUCUAAACAAGCAACAAAAAUGUCCUUUACAUUUGGCAAAUGAAUCAACAUUAAACUCUUCUCGUGUACAGGAUGGUGAUCAUGCUUUACACAUAGCAGCUAGAAAAGGUGACAUUCAGAAUGUCCAGCUGUUAGUGGAUUGUGGAGCAGAUGUAAAUGUAUUGAAUGAAGAUGGACAAACACCACUACAUACAGCAGCUGGUGGACGGAUUGACCGUCCUGAAUUGUGUUCUAUUUUACUAAAACAUAAAGCCAAGAUUGAUGUAGUGGAUAAAGAUGGAAACCAACCACUACACUUGGCAUGUAAACGAGGUCAUAGAAAAACAAGUGAUCUCUUGCUAUCUAAUGGAGCAAAAGUAAAUACAUUAAAUAACAAUGGACAAACACCACUACAUACAGCAGCUGGUGGACGGAUUGACCGUCCUGAAUUGUGUUCUAUUUUACUAAUACAUGAUGCCAAGAUUGAUGUAGUAGAUAAAGAUGGAAAACAACCACUACACUUGGCAUGUAAACUAUGGCAUGCUGCAACUGCACGUGUGUUGGUAUCCCAUGGAGCUGAUGUAACUGUUCUAAACAAGCAAGACAGAGAAUGGAUACCUUCGGCAACUGAAUUCAUCUCAAAGUCAGGUCAAGAACAGAAUGAACCUCACAAGAGUGAAUGGCUCAAACUAGUGGCCAAGUACCUAACUGGUGAAGAAGUUAAAUUGACAGCAAAAUCAUCUGAUACUGUUGCCACCUUGAAGCAGCAAUUGCAAACCAAGAAUGACCCAUCAUCAUGGGAUCAACUGCUUGUUUAUAAGAAGCAACUACACGAUGAGCAAACGUUGGCUGAUGCAGGAGUAACUGAUGGAACAAUACUGAACGUCGUUCUUUGUCCUCGUGGUGUGACAGGCAUGGGAGCUGAUGCGGCUGAGUUAUUUGUUCGAGCUUUAUCACAAGGAAAAGUCGAAGGAAGUCGAGUGAAGAUUGUCAUUGCUGGUAGAGACAGAACGGGCAAGACGUCAUUUAAACGAUCUGUGCUCAAACUGAAGUUUCAGAUAAUUGAACCGAGCACACCUGUCGCAGUGGCAGAGUUGGCAGUGAGUGAAGCAUCAAACUGGAAGCUUUUAAGUGACAAGGACGAACAAUUUUUAGACAAACAAAUAGCUAGAGCAGCAUUUCAUGUACCGACUGUUUCAAGAGCAAAUGUGUCUGGUAGUCAAGAUGACAACAAAUAUGACAAUGACAAAACAGAUUAUGAAGAUCAUCACAGUGAGGUUGAGCUUGGCUUGUCAGUUGAUAGAGAAUCUACAUCAACUGAUACUAGAGAAAGCAGCAACAACACAGACAAAGUUGGUCAAGUCAAUGUUAGAGAAAGUAGUAGUGACACAGACAAACUUGAUGAAGCGACAGACAAACUUGAUGAAGCAACAUUUCUAACUGGAGGGAUAGCUCGUGCUAUUACAGAUUUCCAAAGUAAUCCUGACCUCUUAAAGCAGGAAGAUUCAAAAGUUCACUAUGCCAUUUGGGAUUUGGGAGGUCAGGAGCCACUUCUUGCUGGUCAAGGAGAAACCAUCACACCAGGAUGUGUCGUUUGUGUUGUAUUUAAUGCAUCCGAGUUUCUAGGUGACUCUGCCAAGUCUUUCUAUUGUCCUUCUGCUGACCCAAAACCAAUUCCAAUCGACAACCACUGGAUAGAGACGAACUAUGAUGCUGUGGCUUUAUGGGCAUCCAUGACUUUUUUGGCAGGAGACGUCAAAAGUCUUGAAGGCCUUCUCUCUGGUCUUCACAUCGGCAAGUCAAAGGGAUGUGCAUCACCAGUAAUGUUGUUGAUUGGAACACACAUCAAUGAUGCCGAUGAAGAAAUGAUCAAGAAGCAGAAUGAAUUUCUGUCUAAAAUGUUUUGUAAUAAAGCAUUUCAGAAGCACAUCCUUCGACCAUCUAACCAGGCUAAUGAUUGGUUUUUUCGUGUGGAGAAUUCGGUGUCUGAUCCUGACAGUGCAAGUGAGGAUGCAGGCGUGAGUGCAGUGAAGCAAGUCAUUGAAGAGAUGGCACGUAAUGUGUCACCUAAACCUCUGAUACCAGCCACUUGGUCAGUUCUAGAGAAGAUUCUUGAUUCUUUAGAAAUCAAGUUGGGCACUGCUCUUUCCAAUGUCAAUGUUAUCAUGCGUUUUGCCCGUCAAUCAUGUCGAAUGUCAGAAGAGAAAGAAGUUCGUCUUGCUCUGACAUAUUUAGAUGAAGCCGGAUCAGUAAUUUAUCCUCAGAAAAGUGAGAAGCUGAAGAACAUAGUCGUCAUCAAACCAAACUGGAUUUUCAAGGUUUUCUCAGUUGUGGCAUCUGUCACUACUUGGCCUCCUCCCUUACUGAUUGAAGAUUGGGAUCGAGUUCGGCAAGUAGGAAUUGCUUCUUGGGAACUCAUUCAUUAUCGUCUGAAAGAAGCAGGAGUGAAGCCAGCAGAGUAUGAAGAUGUACUCAAUUUGUUGAAUUUCUAUUUUAUUCUGUGCCCCAAUCCUCCACCUCUUCCUUUAUCAGUUUCUUAUAAAACAGAAUACUUUGUUCCAUGUUUGCUAGAAGUCGAGUCAAAAGGUCCAUUUGCAGCUGUUGAUUUGGUUGCUUCUCGGCCAAUGUCACUUAUCAUUUUGUCUCACAAAAUUGAGUUUAUUCCUGAGCAGUUGCAUUUUAGGCUGAUGACGUGUUGCAUUGAGAAAUAUCCUGAUGAGCCAAUGUUGACACGUAAUAAGUCUGUAUAUCGAGUUGAGGAAGAUGUCAAGUUGGAAGUGAUUUAUCACUUGAAGAAAUAUAUCAUUGUCACUAUUGACACACAACGGUCACUUCCUGAAAUUGCAUCUCUGUGUACAGACAUCCGUCUGUUCAUCACUAAAAAGUUGCAUGAAGUGAAGACACCAGGGUUGUCUCGUUUUCAGUUUUCAUUGAAUAUUCAACAUCCCGAACCAGCCAUUCCAGUGGAUGUAAACAAGUUGGUAUGUAUAGACAAGUAUAUAUCAAGUGAGGACACAACGUUGAGAAGAAACAUAAGCAGGGUCGAUGUCAAUCUGGAUCACAAUGAGAGAGCUGCAUUAGACUGUUGGUUUUAUGAAGAGAAAGAUGAUGUAGCACGGAAAGCCCAAGAUGAGUCAAUGACAUUUAAGACAAACAGCAAAUGUAUGGCUGAUGAUAUUGUGAAAGUAGCUGAAAAAGUUUCUCAUUGUUGGAAAAAGCUUGUGUUGACAUUGGCAGCUGAGUUUUUUAUAGACAAGACGAAGGUGAUAGAAAUAGAAAACAAAGAUGAUUGCUACAUACAAGCUGUAACAGCAUUGCGUAUGUGGACUAAUAAAGUUGGUGACGAAGCCACCCAGGCAGCAAUGAUCAGUGCUAUGUGUACAAUUGGGUGUAGGUCUCAGGCUGAAGAUGUUUUCAGUACCAAUUUGGUGGAGCAUGUCUGCCCAUGCAAAUGACUGUGUUGUUCUCACUUUUAGUCACAAAUUUCUUUUAAAAUGAAUGGAACAUUAUUAACUGUUUUAUUUUAUUUAUUUCAUUAGCUGUUGUAUGGAACUAUUACCAGGUAGCUGUUUCACGUUAACAUAAACAUUAUUUCAGUCUUUGUUGAUUAGUAUUGUUGCCAGUGGACUAAAACCUGUUUAUUAAUAGUCACUGGUAUUGCUGCCUAAGAUACAUAUUUAAAUUAAAAAAUAAUAUUACACAAAUUGCUUACUUUACUUUUGCCCUCACACGUGUUUAUCCCAGAAACUGAAUUCUUAUCCGGGACGUUCAUGGACAUUGCAUGGUGUGAUCACAUGCCC